AAGUUAAGGAAGACAGAAGAGGACGAACCAAGGGGAGACUCGGAUGAAAGCGCCUCCUUCGCUCUUUCUCCCCACACUGUAAAUAGAUGGUUAUUUAUGCGCAUAAAUGAAACUAACCUAAAAGGUAGCGCUGCGUCUCUUUCUUUUUUUUGGAAAACGUAGCGGGGGAGCUACAUCCAAGAAACGCAGCACAUUUCCGGACACAAGCGUAAAAACUAAUCGUCGUUAUCGGACUUUGAAGCUGCCUUUCGACACAUCUGCUGGUGUUUGAGUGCGUUUGGACGGUGGGAUUUAUCUCUUCGCUGUAGAAAAAGACGCCGUCGGCUGGAAAAAAUCAAACCCCACGAGUGUCAGCAACCGAAGCGGUCUCCUUAAAGUGCCAUAAUGGACUCCCACUGCCGUAAACUGGCCACCACCUGCGCGCAGAUAGAAAAAGAAAAGAUCCAGAAUAAAAACGACGACUCUUCAGAUGACCCGUCCAAAAAGAAGCGGCAGCGGCGGCAGAGGACUCACUUCACCAGCCAGCAGCUGCAGGAACUGGAGGCCACUUUCCAGCGGAAUCGCUAUCCGGACAUGAGCACGAGGGAGGAGAUAGCCGUGUGGACCAACCUCACAGAGGCCCGGGUCAGGGUUUGGUUCAAGAACCGGCGGGCCAAGUGGAGGAAACGGGAAAGAAACCAACAAGCCGAGCUGUGCAAAAACGGCUUCGGCCCGCAGUUUAACGGACUCAUGCAGCCCUACGAGGACAUGUAUCCCAGCUACACGUACAACAACUGGGCCGCCAAGGGCCUCACGUCUGCCUCCUUAUCUACCAAAAGCUUCCCCUUCUUCAACUCCAUGAAUGUCAACCCCUUGUCCUCGCAGACCAUGUUCUCGCCGCCUAACUCCAUAUCCUCCAUGACUUCCAGCAUGGUACCCUCGGCGGUGACGGGCGUGCCUGGCUCCAGCCUCAACAGCCUCAAUAACUUGAACAACCUCAGUAACCCGUCCCUCAACUCGGGGGUGCCCACGCCGGCGUGCCCCUACGCUCCUCCGACCCCUCCUUACGUGUACAGGGACACUUGUAACUCCAGCCUGGCCAGCCUGAGACUGAAAGCCAAGCAGCACUCGAGUUUUGGAUACGCCAGUGUGCAGAAUCCGGCCACUAAUCUGAGCGCUUGCCAAUACGCCGUGGACAGACCAGUCUAAUACCUACCUGCACUGCAAAAAAUCACCACCUUAGCUCGUCAUUAGGGACUGGUAGUGGCGCUGUUUAAGUGUUAUUUUCCUCAGGAGGGAGUGAGCGAAUCUGCUGGGGAGAUUAUUGUAUUUUUCGUGCGUUUUGGGGAAAUUUCCUGAUCAUUUGGCUUUUCUGAUAGGAGUCUCUGCUUGUUUGCAUUGCUCAGAUUUAAUUCAAAAUACAGCCACUUGUUCUUUGAAUUUUCCCAAACAUGCCAAGAAAAAGUGAAACUUUUCCAAAGCAGUCGAGUGGGGUAGCUUUGAUUUUGAGGUUGAAUUGAAGCCCAAAUGGUUUAUUAAGGUGGUCAUUUUUUGCAGUGUGUGGGUAAUUACAAACAGCCGGCCACAGGAACAAGAGACUACUACAACUACUUUUCAUUUUUCAAAAAAAAAAGGGCACUAGAAGACUGAACCACUGAAGCAAGCUCAACUCCAACUGAAACGGGAGAUUUUUCAGUUUAUUCCCUUUUUCUGUGAUGAGCCCUGGCCUGUUUUACUGUUUUAAAAGGCCUGUUUUCAUUUUCAAUGCUCGUCAUGAGGGUCUUUUUUUCUUUCUCUGGUGGAUUUUGGACGUUAACUGUUGACUGAAAAAAAGGUUGUAUAUAUAUUUGACUUUCUCAUCUCCUGUUUUUGUCGAGGCGAAUGCGCUAUAACCCUCCAACCCCUCUCCAGGUUCAAUUUAUCAACGCAUGUGGAAGAAGAAGAAAAAACCCUAAAAAGGAAUCAUGUUUUGCUUGCAAACAAAAGGGAAUGUACAUACUAAAACGCACCAGUUGUGUGUUUCUAACAUAUUAUAAAUUUAUUAUUAAUGUCUGUGUGAAUAUCGA